AGUUUAACGUCAGCUGUUUAUUUGGUUUAGGUAUGUCUUUGACAGAUGCAUUAGUGAUGAGGAAGAGGUAUUAAGUCCAUCUGAGAGUACUGAUGCAUUUGGUGAAGUAAAGUUUGUAGGAUAUGGCCGGAAAAUUGCAAAGUUUGUCCGUGCAGAUCACAAAAUUUCUAUGGAAAUAAUAAUUUAUAUGAUAAGAAAUAUGUGGAGUUUAUCAUUGCCAAAGCUACUUAUUUCUGUGACUGGAGGAAGAAAAGACUUCUUGUUGAGUUCACAUCUUAAAGAAGCUUUUGGAUAUGGUUUGGUAAAAGCUGCAAGAAGUACAGGUGCCUGGAUCAUGAGUGCAGGUUUACAUACUGGAGUUGUGAAAUAUACUGGAAAAGCUAUAUAUGAUAAUGAAAGCACAUUGACAGGUAGCAAUAAACUGGUGACGAUUAGUAUUGCAGCAUGGAACUGCGUACGAAACAAGGACACAUUAAGGAAAGAGGAUGGAUCAUGGCCUGCAGAGUAUUAUAUAACAGACGAUGAUUCUUGCUCAAGAACAUGUCCUUUGGAUCCAAAUCAUUCACAUUUCAUCCUUGUUGAUAAUGGUACCUCAGACACUUUUGGGGUAGAAACUGACUUCAGAAAAACGCUAGAAAAUGCUAUUGUACAAAAUAAAAUUGAAGAGUCAAAAGUCAAGAUUCCAGCUGUUGUAAUAAUGGUUGAAGGUGGACCUGGAACUCUGAAGUCAGUUUGUGAUUCAAUAUCACGCAACAUUCCAGUUGUAAUAGUAAAGGGAUCUGGUCGGGCAGCAGACGUUAUGGCAGAUGCUUAUCAAACUGUACUUGAGAAUGCAAAUGAAAAGGGCAAAUACAUAACUGAUGGGAAACUGGAAAAUGACAUCAGAAAAAUAAUUUGUAAAGAAUUUGAAUAUUACGAACCGCUAGACUUGUUGGUAAGAUGUAUGUUGGAUUCUCUAAAACAACUGAAUUUGGUAACGCUUUUUGAAUCCGAUUCAGCUGAAGAGUUUGAUGUAGUAGUCUUGAAGGCUCUGUUCAAAGCAAACAAUGACAAAUUAGAAAAUUUGAGGCUUGCAUUGGAAUGGAACAGAAUUGAUAUUGCAAAGAAUGAACUAUUUACUGAAGAAAUUCUCUGGCCGACUGGUUCCUUGAACAAUUUUAUGUUAUUUGCACUGCGGGAAGAUCGUGUUGACUUUGUGAAACUUUUCAUGAAACAUGGAGUUAGCUUGAAAGAAUUAUUAACUGAAAACAAUAUUGAAAGCUUGUUCAAAAUGAAAAAUAAAGAUAUUAGCAUUAAAGAUGGAGUUUCUUUACUCAAUAACCUCAUGAAUGAUGGAUAUUUUGCAGAAAGGAAAACAGAUAGCUUUCACAUUGCAAUAAAAUUGUUCUUAUGGGCAUUGUUUUUGAACAGAAAAGAAAUGGCUUUUCUAUUUUGGAAAGAAGGCAUGGGCGCGUUACCAUCUGCUCUAAUUGCGAAUAAGUUGCUCAUAUCAUUGAAAGAAAAGUGUAAAGAUUAUGACAAAAGGAUCCAACUACAGGAACAUGCUGAUCUUUAUGAAGAACAUGCCAUUGGAGUUUUGACUGAAUGUUACUACGCAGAUGAAAAAGGGACAUUAGAUUUACUGCUGCUACAACGGAAAUCUUGGAAUGAUGCUUCAUGCAUGAAAAUAGCAUUUAAUGUUAACAAUAAGAAAUUUGUAUCCCAGGCUGCUUGUCAGUCUUUGUUGACCAAAAUUUGGAUGGGAAAAAUGAGUAAAAAGACCAAAAUAUGGAUGUUGCUACUCUGUACAUUGUGCCCAUUGUUUAUAUUUUUGAUAUGUUUUCAUGACAACGACGACCAGGACGAUGAUGAAGAAACGAACAAAUCAUCUAGAUGUUGCUGCAAGUCAUGUGGAGAAUGUUGCAGUAUGUUCUACAGAUGCGCAUCAUUUUAUAAUACUCCUGUCGUAAAGUUUUUGAGCAAUUUGAUAUUUUAUAUAAUUUUCCUUGGAAUUUAUAGCUAUGUGUUACUUGUUGAGCUGAAACCUCAGAUUUUUUAUCUAGAAUGGCUUCUUAUUGUGUGGGUGAUUGGAAUAUUUACAGAAGAAAUACACCAGAUUUUCAAAAGAGACAUGAUGUUAACAAAAAGUUCUAACUCACUUCGCUCAAAAUUAAUCAAUUACAUCUGUGACAUUUGGAAUGUUGUUGAUGUUAUAACUAUUAUCUUGUUCAGCAUGGGGUACGUUCUUCGAUUUCUGAAACUGGAUGAUUAUGCCAAAGUGGUGCUUAGUUUAAACUUGAUCUCCUUUUACAUCCGGUUUCUUUAUAUGCUCUCAUUCCAUAGACAUCUUGGACCGAAGCUUAUAAUGAUUAAGAAAAUGAUGCAAGACCUUGGAUAUUUUAUCAUAAUUCUAUUUGUCUUAAUGAUUGCCUAUGGCAUUGCUUCCCAGUCAAUUCUCUAUCCAAGUGCUCCAGUUUCUUAUGAUUUGUUUAAAAGAGUAUUUAGGAAAGCUUAUUUUCAUAUGUAUGGAGAACUUUUUCUUGAAGAAUAUGAAGAUUGUAAUGUGAGCGACAGCAAAUGUCCUUCUGAACUUGGUUCAUAUGUUGCACCAAUUUUGAUGUGUAUAUAUAUUUUACUAACAAAUAUUUUGCUUCUCAAUUUACUGAUUGCCAUGUUCAGUUCUACUUUUCAAAAAGUGCAGGAAAAAAGUCAUCUCCAUUGGUCCUUCCAGAGAUAUGAACUAAUCUUUGAGUUUUCUAUCCGCCCUCCUCUGCCUCCUCCUUUCAUACUGCUCUGUAACAUCUACCAGUUCUGUCGUUAUCUGUGUGAAAAAGCAAGUCAUAAACAACCUGAUAGAAAAUCUGCAUUUUUAAGGAUACAUGAAACCGAUUUGGAAAAAGAAAACGAAAAAAAUUUAAUUCUCUGGGAAGAUCAGAUGGUUGACUCUUACAUUGCAAGGCAAAAUAAAUCUGACAGUAAAAAGAAUUUAAUUGACCAAUUAGAAAUUUCUAAAUAUGAAAGUUCACAGAAUAUUUCAUUCUCAGAACCUGAAAAGGAAUUUACUAAAAGUGCAAAUAUUUUAAAUCAGAGGCUGCAAAACAUUGAAGAAAAGAUAAAUAAUAUUGAUACAACUCUUGCAGUAUUGAAAGAAAAUCUCAUGGUAAGAAAACAUUGAGAAGAGGGCCCUGGAGGAAUGUUUACUGAAUGUGGUGAAGCAGACUUUUGCUUUGAGAAUAGCCAACUAAGAAUAUAAUUGACAUUUACUGUACUUAAAGUAUCAGUUACAUACUAAAUCAUAAAUAAACCAUAAGCAACAGCAACACUAGCACCAGGAGUGGAUGUUGUUGUUGUUAAUGAUUUUUGGACAGUUCGAGGAAAAAAUUAUUAAUAAAGCUUAAAAUAUAAAAAGGAA